CAGCAUCAGUAGAUGAAAUAAAGCGCAGCUUUUUCUGCACUUUUCAGACAAGUUUCACUCCGCAGUCCUCUCGCUCUCUGCCUCCCCACCCAGACCAGAGACUCUGACCGGAUAGUUGGAUUCAUGGCUGCGCAUUUGUUCGCGUUUUGACCAAAACGCGCCGCUCUGCACAGAUUAUCGGGAUUUUCGCUAUAAAUAAGGCCUCAGACGGAACCGCUCGGCCUGCCGUCAUAUAUUUCCACAGCUGAAGUAUCCAGAGGAGAUUUUUAAAACAAAAACAACAUGAUCCCUCUCUGACGGAUGGGUCUCCACUCUUCAGCCGGGACAGAAGAUUCCCGCAGAUUUCCACGGAUCGCCCUUCAGGACGGGACGCGCGGAUGUUUGAGGAGACUUUUAUUUUUUGUUUUUGCUUUUCAAACUGAUCCGAUCUGGAUUUAUGGAACCGUGAAGAGCCGAGAAACGCGCGUCCUCCGCCGGGUUGUUUUGGUCUGAGGAGAGGAGAGGGGGGGAAGGCGAAGCGGCUUUUGGGGCUCGAUUUUCUCCUGUGGUGUCUGUGUGGAGCGUCCCACACACCCACUCCACAACAACGACGGCUUUUGCUUGCAUCUUCCAGUGUUUCUUCUGUCAGCAAGUCCAGCAGAGCUGCAACUCUUCCAGUGCCAGCCCUGACACCAGCGAGGAGCCCUGCCCCACUGACAUGGUGAAGAUGACCAAGUCGAAGACCUUCCAGGCCUACCUGCCAUCCUGCCACCGCACAUACAGCUGCAUCCACUGCCGAGCGCACCUGGCCAACCACGACGAGCUCAUCUCAAAGUCAUUUCAAGGCAGUCAAGGAAGAGCCUACCUGUUUAAUUCAGUGGUGAAUGUGGGCUGUGGGCCAGCGGAGGAGCGGGUUCUCCUCACAGGUUUACAUGCUGUGGCUGAUAUCUACUGUGAAAACUGUAAAACCACCCUGGGCUGGAAAUACGAACAUGCGUUUGAGAGCAGUCAAAAAUACAAAGAGGGAAAGUUCAUCAUCGAGCUGGCUCACAUGAUUAAGGACAACGGAUGGGAGUGACACCGAGGCAACGUCCCAUCUACUUAAAUCUGUUUUCCUGACCUUGGAAUUUACUGAACUGAGUGGAGCGUCGACCAUCUUCCCUCCCCAUUCCUCCCUACUCCCCCCCAUUACUCACACCUUCUUCCCUUUAAAAGACCUCCACUCGCCGGCCUCCGUCACGUGCACACACCCACCUGUUCAUCGUGAAACCGGACAGAACGAAUGCAUUAGGAGGUGGAGUUAAAAACCCACGGCACCUACGCCACCUUGAAGAUUGUGUGUUCUCCGUCGCCGCUCAACGUUUGGGUUCCCUCGCCGCCGCCCAACCCCGCACCUCGCCUCAACUCCACCGAAACACGCUUACAAGUGAUUGUGGUGAUGUGGCGACCGCUAUGUGAACGGAGAGACUUCACUGAAAAAAGACAUUGUGUUUUUUCUUUAUUCCAGUCCUCUUCAGUGACUUUAUUAUUAUUAUUUUAAUUUUAUUUGCCAUAGUUUUAACUUUCGGGUUUGGUGAAGCCUUGGCUUUAUGGCAGAUGGAUGUUACUGGUUAGCAUUUUAUUU